AUGGCUUCGCCCCUCCCUCCGCGCUUUGCUGAGGAAUCAUCUUCAGAGACUAGGAUGCCAAAAGACGCCACGGGUUCCAAGGGUGGUAAGAAGCCCAAGAAAAUGAAGUCUAAGUCUAAGAAAGAUGAUGAGUGUAAACAUGAGAAAACCAAAGAAGAAGAAACAGAGGAUGGUUCCGACCCGGAUCACACCUUUGAAGGCCGUGAUGAUGAUGAUGAUGAAAAUGAGCCCGAUGGUUCCGAGCAUGGAUCUAGGAAGAAACCUGCGACCAAAGGCAGCAGCCAAGAUUCUAGCAGUCGCAAGAAACCAGCUGCUGUGAUGAAGCGGCCUGCCAGCCAAAGGAAGGAAAGGAAGGCUUGUGAAGACGCAGCACAGGAAGUUGCUGAAGGACAAGAACGUCUCCCCUUUCAGCAUCUCAUCGAGGACAAGGACACAAUGCUUGACACUCCCAACUCCAACAAGCCGAUUCCAAAUGACGAAGAUUUGCUGUAUCCCGACAACCAGCUUGGACUCUACCCGAAUUCGGACGAGAAAUACCAGAAGGCCAUGGAGGAGAUUCAGAUGCAGAUCGACGACGUCGCUGAGGGAGAUCCCAAUUUGGGCAAUGGAUCUUCAGCCCCUAUGGUGCCAAUGCUUUGCACUCCUCCAUGUGCAAAGCGUGCUGUUGCCACACCUCAGCAGUCUGCGGCCACAUGUCAGUCUGCUGCGGAUCUUCAUCAAUCCGAACAACCCAGUCAGUCCCAGAAGCUUGAUGGCAAUGAUGGAGAGCUUGUCUCACUUGACAUGCUUCUUGCGACGAAGGAAGCAGUGACCCAAGCCCUUGAGCUGGUGACAAGCCACAUGGAAAGGACAGGGAUGUCCGUUGAUGACUGCGAUGUGGGACUAUGUGAGCAAGUUGCUGCCGCCGCAGCACCACCUUCGCCACCUCCCUUGCUGCAGCCUCCCAACCUGGCUUUCCCAAGCCCCUGUGAUGGUGAGGUGCCUCAGAUCAAGUCUCUGAGCGUGGCCGGCCCUGGUCAGGGCUUCGUGGCCAACAUCAAGAUUGCCGCUGAGUUUCAGCCACGGAUCGAGCCAGGAUCCAAUGCCGAGGUUGGUGAUGGAACUGCAACCCCUAGCUCUGGUCCUGAAGAGGAAAUUCAGGAUGAUGUUCGUGGUUUGAGUUACUCUCCUAGCAUCCCGGCUACCCAGCUUGAGGCAAGCCCGGGAAAGCAAGGAGAAGAUGAGGAGGUGAAUCAGGCUCCUUUCCCAGUGGAGUCAAGCCCAGAGGCAGACCCAGCGCCUGAUACUUCCAACCCAUGUCCAGAACCCAAGCCGGAGAAGUCAAAAACUGCUCGCAAACGCCCGGUCGCCACAAAGGGCGACAAUAGCAAAACCAGUGCAAAGAGCAAAGCAAAAGCUAGCGCAAAGAGCAAGACGAGCAAAGCAACGCCCAAGGCCAAGAGCGUUGCCAAGGCCAAGAGCGUUGCCAAGGCCAAGAGCGUUGCCAAGGCCAAGAGCGCUGCCAAGGCCAAGAGCGCUGCCAAGGCCAAGAGCGCUGCCAAGCCCAAGAGCGCUGCCAAGGCCAAGAGCGCUGCCAAGGCCAAGAGCGCUGCGACCAAAACCAAGACCAAGGAUGGUGAGAGACCGGAAGAUGAAGAGACAAUUUUGAAGCGCAAGCUGCACUGUGCUGGGGCCACCUAUGACUGCAAUUUUCUUUGCAUUUGUGUGUUGGGCGAUCGUACAGCAUACAGCCUAUGCAAGGAAAUGAGUAAUCAGAUGAAGCUGACCCAUUGUGUCAAUGGUUUUGUGGCAUCACCGAGUGAUAUGCCAACGUAUGGGCAGCUGGGCUGCCAGGGUUUCAUUGUUUUGGAUAAAGAGCACAAUGUCAUUUCUGCGGGUACUACACCUUUCAUGCAGGUUCGUGCUGUGGCCUUCCAGCAUGUCGAGGCUUUGCUCGAUGCACUAUGCAACAACCGCCCUUUGCCGAGCAUUUGUCCAGGUGAGAUGGGUGAACUCAUCGACACACCUGCAGGGGCAGAGAAGCUCAAGGGCAUGAGGGGUGUGUGCAUCAAAGUGGCCAACCGCAAGGUGGACUUUGGCUUUAUGGAUGGUCCACUGCGUGGCAAGAUGAUUUCGGUGGAUGAGUCGAUGGUGCGUCCGGUGGCUCAUGAUGAAGAGAGCAGUGCUGGAGGAGGAUGCAGCACCGGCACCUGCGGUGUUGGUGGCACUUGCGCUUCUGGAAAUUGUGGGCAAAGUGGUGUCAGCGACAGCAAGGCCAGCUGCGAGGGUGGAAGUUGUGCCAGCGGAAGCUGCAAACCAGGAAAGGGAUGCGACCCCAGCACCUGCGACGAAGCGGAGUGCAAGAUAGAUCCAGCUUUUGUGGAUGAGAUCCUGAACAUUCACAGUGUGAAGGUCUCUUCGAUGGAUGCAGAGCAUGCCGAGUGUUCCAAGACCUUGCGGGGCUUGGUGGAGAAGAGGUCAAAGGAGUCCUUGCAGGAUGUGCUGGAGUGCCUUUCAGAUCAUUUCGCACAUGAGGAAGAGCUCUUCGACGACUUCGGCUUCGGUGUGCAUGUGAACGAGAAGCUUUCCGCCAGGAAGAGUCACGGCGACGAACAUCGUCGCUUGCUUGAGAAGGUCCGGAGACAGCUGGGUAGUGCUUCUGCAACCAUCUCUGCAGCUUUCAUCAAGGAACUCCUGCAGGACUUCCAUGAGCACACGACCCUCUACGACAUGCAGUAUGCCGACUUCUUAGCUGAGAAGGGAGCCAAAUAG